CCUUGUUAUUCCAAAGUAUUGUUGGUUUGUGUUGAAGAUGGGUGGAAGGCCCUUUCAACGUUUUCUUGGCUUUUUCCUGCUUUUGCUGUGUUUCAAAGCUGGGUUGGGAUCCAGUUUGAUGGUGGGUGAUGCUAAAGUUGGGUGCACAGAGAGGGAGAGACAGGCUCUCCUUCACUUCAAACAAGGCCUUGUCCAUGACUAUAGAGUUCUUUCUUCAUGGGGGAAUGAGGAAGACAAAAGAGAUUGUUGCAAAUGGAGAGGAGUGGAGUGUAACAACCAGACGGGUCAUGUGAUCAGCCUUGAUCUUCAUGGAACGGAUUUUGUCCGAUAUUUGGGAGGUAAGAUUGACCCUUCACUGGCAGAGUUGCAGCACUUGAAGCAUUUGAACCUUAGCUUCAAUCGGUUUGAAGGAGUUCUUCCCACUCAACUCGGAAAUCUUUCCAACUUGCAAUCCCUUGAUCUCGCCUAUAAUUUGGGAAUGACCUGUGGAAACCUUGACUGGCUUUCUCGUCUUCCUUUGUUAACACACCUUGACUUGAGUGGGGUUGAUCUUAGUAAAGCAAUCCAUUGGCCACAAGCAAUUAAUAAAAUGCCUUCCCUAACUGAGUUAUACUUGAGCCAUACUCAGCUUCCUUGGAUUAUUCCAACAAUAUUCAUUUCCCAUACUAAUUCUUCUACUUCUCUUGCUGUGCUUGAUCUCUCCAGGAAUGGUCUCACUUCUUCAAUAUACCCAUGGUUGUUCAACUUCAGUAGUAGCCUUCUUCAUCUUGACCUCUCUUAUAACCAUCUAAAUGGUUCAUUUCCGGAUGCAUUUACGAACAUGGUUUUUCUGGAAUCUUUUGUUCUCUCUCGGAAUGAACUUGAAGGUGAGAUUCCGAAGUUCUUUAGUGUCAGUUUCGUUCAUUUGGAUCUUUCUGGGAACCAGCUACAUGGUUCAAUUCCAGAUGCUUUUGGAAACAUGACUACUCUGGCAUAUCUUGAUCUCUCCUCCAAUCAACUUAAAGGUGAGAUUCCGAAAUCCUUGAGUACCAGCGUUGUUCAUUUGGACCUUUCUUGGAACUUGCUGCAUGGUUCAAUUCCAGAUGUUUUUGGAAACAUGACUACUCUGGCAUAUCUUGAUCUCUCUUCCAAUCACCUUGAAGGUGAGAUUCCGAAAUCCUUGAGUACCAGCUUUGUUCAUUUGGAUCUUUCUUGGAACCAGCUGCAUGGUUCAAUUCUUGAUGCUUUUGGAAACAUGACUACUCUGGCAUAUCUAGAUCUCUCUUCGAAUCAACUCGAAGGUGAGAUUCCGAAAUCCUUGAGUACCAGCUUUGUUCAUCUUGGCCUCUCUUAUAAUCAUCUCCAGGGUUCAAUUCCGGAUGCUUUUGGAAACAUGACUGCUCUGGCAUAUCUUCAUCUCUCUUGGAAUCAACUUGAAGGUGAGAUUCCAAAAUCCUUGAGAGAUUUAUGUAAUUUACAGACAUUAUUCUUGACUAGCAACAAUCUCACUGGACUGCUGGAAAAAGAUUUUCUGGCCUGCUCUAAUAACACAUUAGAGGGUUUAGAUUUAUCUCAUAAUCAACUCAGAGGGUCAUGUCCUCAUCUUUUUGGAUUUUCACAGUUGAGAGAGUUAAGUCUUGGAUUCAAUCAACUAAAUGGAACUUUACCUGAAAGUAUUGGACAACUAGCUCAACUUGAAGUGUUGUCCAUUCCUUCAAAUUCAUUGCAAGGUACCGUGUCGGCAAAUCACCUUUUUGGUCUCUCCAAACUGUUUUACUUGGACUUAUCUUUCAACUCCCUUACAUUCAACAUAAGCCUUGAGCAAGUUCCCCAGUUUCAAGCCCUAUAUAUAAUGUUGCCCUCUUGCAAAUUAGGCCCACGUUUUCCCAAUUGGCUACACUCUCAAAAAGGUCUGCUAGAUCUUGAUAUCUCUGCUUCUGGAAUUUCAGAUGUCGUUCCCAAUUGGUUUUGGAAUUUUACUUCACAUUUAGCAUGGUUAAACAUUUCCAACAAUCACAUCUCAGGCACUUUGCCCAAUUUACAAGCAACAUCUUAUUUGAGAAUGGAUAUGAGUUCAAAUUGCUUAGAAGGCUCAAUACCACAAUCUGUUUUCAAUGCUGGAUGGUUGGUUCUCUCCAAGAACUUGUUUUCAGGGUCAAUUUCUUUAUCGUGCAGGACUAAUAAUCAGUCUGGUUGGGGUUUGUCUCAUCUUGACCUCUCAAAUAAUCGAUUGUCAGGAGAACUACCCAAUUGUUGGGGCCAGUGGAAAGAUUUAAUUGUUCUUAAUUUGGCAAAUAAUAAUUUUUCUGGGAAAAUUAAAAAUUCAAUCGGCUUGUUACAUCAGAUUCAAACAUUGCAUUUACGCAACAAUAGUUUGGCUGGAGCAUUGCCUUUGUCCUUAAAGAACUGCAAAGAUUUGCAUCUUGUAGAUUUUGGAAGAAAUAAAUUAUCCGGAAACGUACCUGCAUGGAUGGGAAGCCUAUCAAGUUUGAUUGUUCUCAACCUAAGAUCCAAUGAAUUUAAUGGAAACAUACCUUUAAAUCUAUGUCAACUAAAAAAGAUUCAAAUGUUGGACCUCUCAAGCAACAAUCUAUUUGGUACUAUACCAAAAUGUCUCAACGAUUUAAUUGCUUUAACUCAGAAAGGGAGUUUGGUCAUUGCUUAUAACGAAAGACAGUUUCAUUCGGGUUGGGAUUUCUCCUAUAUUGAUGAUACAUUGAUUCAAUGGAAAGGAAAAGAGUUAGAGUACAAGAAAACUCUUGGGCUUAUAAGGAGCAUUGAUUUUUCAAACAACAAAUUAAUUGGAAAAAUUCCUGUAGAGGUAACUGAUUUGGUAGAAUUGGUGUCAUUGAACUUAUCAAGAAACAAUUUGACUGGAUCUAUUCCUUCUAUGAUUGGUCAAUUGAAAUCUUUGGAUUUUCUUGAUCUAUCUCAAAACCAGCUUCAUGGAAGAAUUCCUUCUAGUCUUUCUCAAAUAGCUGAUCUAAGUGUUUUAGACCUAUCAAAUAACAACUUAUCAGGUAAAAUUCCAUCAGGCACUCAAUUACAAAGCUUCAGUGCCUCCACAUACCAAGGAAAUCCUAGACUUUGUGGGCCUCCACUUUUGAAAAAGUGUCUAGGAGAUGAAACUGGGGAAGCCUCCUUCAUUGGUCCAAGUAACAGAGACAACAUUCAAGAUGACACAAAUAAGAUAUGGUUUUCUGGAAGUAUUGUUCUUGGAUUCAUCAUCGGAUUUUGGGGAGUUUGUGGCACUUUACUACUCAAUAGUUCAUGGAGAUAUGCCUAUUUCCAGUUCUUGGAUAAGAUAAAAGAUCGGUUCUACAUGACAACAACAUAAAUAUGAAUAGACUACGGAGGAGUUUCCAAAGUUAAAUGAACUUCAAUUGGGUUGCAUUUCAAGGAUUAGUAGGCAAUAUAUGCUUGUGAGUAAUGGAUUUAUACAGUAUGGGACAACCUGAGUGUAAGAGCAUUUGUGUCUAUUGAGUUUGUCUUCUUAUAAGUAACUUUGGCAUGUAUUAAGUUAGUUUCUUAUGUUAUGUUGUGCUUCAAGCCCUUUAAACAUAUUAUUUCCUCCAUAUCAUAUGUAAGGCUUGGUAUUUUGGUGUUCCAUAAUUGAUUUGGUAUUUUGUGUUUUGGUUUGUUAUUCCCUUCAUAGAAUCAAAUAUAUUAGAGAAAGAUAUCAAGUCCUUUGUGGUGCAAUUGUAGAAAAUCUUAUCUUUAGAAAAAUAUUUUCUUUUGCUCAAAAACAAAGUCUAUUUUUCCUAUGGUGCUAUGCUACAAUAUAAAACCAUAGCAUGAAAUGAGACAUGGUAAGACUAAGAACUAAAACAGAACACUCUGUUUGUUUGGUGCCCAAGCAUGGAAGCUAUUGUAAUACAAUGAGACAGCUGGUUAGAAGAAAACAAAAUUUUAAAUAGAUUUUUGAUGACCAAUUGUGAGACAAAAUGCAGAUAAUUGGGAAUUUGAAAUGUAUUAUCUAAUGUUUGGUUUUUUGAAAAAAUUGGGAAAGUGUAACGAAAAUUUUGACAUUAUUAUAUUUUUUUCAGUUAUCGGGAAAUGAAUGUGUGGGAAAUCAAAAAGUUGACAUGACAUAAUAUGGGUGUAGGUAUGAGAUCCUUGUUGGAUCUUUCAAAUUUUCUAGUAAUAUUUACAUGAAGGAAAAAGAAGAGUUAGCUAAAAAGUGAAUUUUUGUAAAAAUGUUUAGCGAUAAGAAGAAAAAACAUGGAUUAGAGGGGGAAAAUAUGAGCUUUUAAUAGAAUGUUUUUACAUAUAAUUUAUUUUUAAUUGAUUUUUCUUUUAUAUGUCAUAUCCCAGUACCCAGUUUUUUUGGAUCUUUAGUCGAGUCUCCUAAACUUUGAGUUGUGAAGAAUCAAACACUUACAUACCCGCAUCCGACAUACACACCUAAGACCCAUGAAACAUAGGUUUUAUCACAUUUCAUGUCCUUUUUAUUCCUUUUUGUUACGAUUCAUUGAGAUCCACAGUGAAGACCAGUGUUCAAACAAGUAUGCAAGUGGAACAUUACAAAGAAGAUCCCAACUUGGUGUUAAAUGCUGCGUAGGUUUUGGUGUUUCUCACAAUGGCUAUUGAGGCUUCAUCCAUUGAUAUUCCACAACAGAUAACAGGAGAAAAGAAGCUCUAUACUUCAUAGGACACAACAGAUAAUGCUUGCAGAAAUGUGUUUUUGGAGCAGCAAUCAGAUGUGUAAAAGCCUUUAUAUUUGGGAACAUGUUGAGGUUUGAUCAACUUAUAAUUCUAACGGAGAUGACUACAUAUUGAGGUUUGAUCAGUUCUAGAAAGGUGACUGGUUAUCAUAAAACAUUAACAUGCUCAUUCAGAAAACGAACAUUUACCAACCAUUCUUGAACACAAUACUAAUGUAAUUAGCAUGAUGUAAUUGUGCAUGCUAAUUGUUCAUGCGGUUGAAUUCUGCAACAUUUUCUUAUGGUCCAGGGCUUACGUUUCUGUUCAUUUUUUAUUUUAGGUGCUUUGUAUCAUUGUUUUGUUUAUAUGCGUUGGUUUUAUGACUAAUCCUAUGCCACACAGCCAAGCAUUCACAGAGGACGACUGGAAAUUGGUCCAGCUUGUGCUUACUUUGCUUCGGAACAUUUUAGCUAUUCAAGACAUCCCGUUGCAGCACAAGGCUGGGGAGAGCAUGCCAGUCUAAUUUUCUCCCCGAGAGACUGAUUCCAUGAGAGUUGAUAUUCCCAGAAUGUUGGUGUUCUUGCAACUAUCUCUGUCAAGACAACCUGCUUUUAUUGGAAAUUUUCCAUUACAUGUUUAUGGGUCAAGAGCUAGAGUUGCUUGGUGAAGCACAUCUAAAUCACUCCAAGUGGAUGGGACAGCAAAGCUUCACAUGAUAGUCUCAAGUCCAUUAUGGAAGAGGAUGAAGAAAAAGAAAAACAUUCCAGGCCACGCAAGUUGAGUUGUUCUUUGUAUUUCUGUGGAGCUUGUACUCAGGUUACAAUGACUUCUCCUUAAAAUUGUGAGCCAACUUAUGGAGUAAAUAGGCUCGGAGGUUGCAAUCUUUUCACAAAGCAUAAUUAUCUCUAAGGAAAACUAGCUAGGAGACUCCUUCCAAAAUGGGAUAGGAAGCAUUCAACCACUUCGAAUGAGGGGGUUAGUUAUUGAUGAUCCCUAUGGCAAUGUUGUUACUAGAGAUGUCACCAACAGAAUGCUGAAAAUAUCAUUUAGACAAUUCUGAAAGUGGAAACUCAUUAUUGAAGCUGGUUUUUUCGUUUAUGGGGGCUAGCCUCUGAACUUUGGUUCUUAUGGAUAGACACACCCAAUCUAGUGAGGUGGAAGCUACAGGAAUCAAAGACAAAGUUGCUUUCAAGCAUAUCAGUUUGGAUGGCAAUUCAGAAGAUGAAAUUAUUGCCUUUAGCAGUGGAAAACAGUUGAGGGUUGCAGCUGCCAACUAUAUGAAUAACUCACUACAUCAGCAAUUAGCUGACGAAUUGGCUGAUUUGGGGGAUGAUGCAGCUUCCAUUGUAUUACCAAUAAAUUCUAUAACUAGAAGAAAGUUGAGGAUGAUAAGUUAGGUAAUUGGUUAGGUUUGUAAAUUCAUUUUUGUCAUCUAUAAAUAGGAUUUAUUCAUCCUCAAGAUUCUAUAAA